AUGAUUUAAAUUCCUUAUGCGAAGCAUCACUAAUCAUAAAUAUAAUUUGCUGAAAGCCAAAUCACAAAUCUAGACAAAAACAUUAUAAAAGUCUUGUAACUAUUCUCUGUAAUUGGAUAGUUGGAAAUGGAUAUAGAAAACAUUAGUAAUACAUAAUAAUAAAGAAAGGACUUGAGUUAUCAGAAAAUUCUCACUUUUACCCUGAAGCCUUAUUUCAAUAUUUAAAAUUAUACUUGUAACCAAUAAAGCCAGAACCAAUUCAAGAAAAACCUUAAUUUUUUAAUUUUACUGUAUAUAUGAAAUCAUACUUAGGAUCUCUAAAUAUAAGCACCUUUAGUAAUCAAUGUGAUAAAUAGUGCAAAGGAUGGGAUCAUCAAAUUUGAAAAUAUCAUAGCAUUUAUGCAAGAUAACACUUCAGUGCCUUUGAGUGCUGAGAGUCUGAGGGCAAUAGAGAGAGUAUUUCACAUAAACUAAUUUGCUUUUUAAAAGGAUAAUGUUCUGGACACAUUUAAUAAUGAAUACCCGUUGCCUUAGGAUGUGAUUCCCUUAUCCUAAAUUCCAAUAGUCUAAAUUUAAGGUACUUCUAAGCUGCCAUUACAAUAAAAAGAAAACAUUGAAAAAAUGAACUCUGGAGAUGGGUUUAAUUAUGCUACAUUUCAAAAGAUGCUACUUUCAAAGUCUAUUCCUUAAGCAAGUUAAAAGGCCUAAAAAAGGAAAUUAAUCUAUGAAACCAAUUAAAGAUAACAAGUAGACAACAGUAUUCUGAAGUUGUUUAUAAAUCUACUUUAAAAUGAAAUAGCAUUGAUUGAAAAAGCUGAAUAAAUUAGACUAGUGUUGAAUACUGAUAGUUCAUACAAUCACGUUACAAUGUUCAAUAUAUUUGAUUCGCAAGGAAAUGGUGAGAUCGAGUAUCGCUAUAUUGAAUAAUUGAUGAAUAAAGCGCAAAUACCAUUCAAGCCCUUACACUUUAAGUCUUUAAUUAGAAGGGCUAAUAUUUUAGCAAAAAACGCUUCAGCAUCUGAAGCCUUGAAUUUUGAAGGUUAUAGACUAAUAGCAACGGUUCAAUGUCCUUAUUUCAAGAUACCAAAACAUGAGGAGGAAUAACUUCAACCAUAACACUAAUAUUCGCGAAUUUUAGGAGCUGAAGUUAAUGGAUAAAAUUCCUCACAAUUAUCUAUUUCUCGCAUCCCUGAGAAAAUUAGAAAUAACUCUCAAAAUUACAGAUCAACUCCUUUAUUAUCUACAUACAACAGUGGUAGUCCAUAUGUUAACGAGACUUUAAAAAAGUAGAGCAAAAUAUCCACUAAUAAUUAUAAUUAGGAUGAGGCUAUCUAUCAAGAUAAUGUAUCAAUUGCUUUAAUAUUUAGAUUGUAUAUGGAACAAAAAAAGAAUGGGAUGAACUACAACAUUCUUUAUGUUAGAAUAACUUGAUUGACUCCAGAUCAUUAAAAUCUUAAAUUUUAAGAAUAUAAAACCCUGAAUUAUCAAUGAACAAUUAAAGAAUAGGCAGUAGAAAUAAUACUCCAAGGGAAAAUAAGAACUAAAUUGAAUUGAUCUAAUAAUAGGCGUUAGUGGAAAACGUUGAGAAAAUGAGGUAAAAUGAUAUGUCGAAACAACUGUAAUAUGCUAUGGGCGCGAAUACAAAAGGAUUAUACUCGAACUUUGUUAAAAUUGAAAGAGAUAAUAAAAUGAAGGAGGAUCUUCAUUCAUUCUAUAAUCAGGCACCUUGGUACUAAACAGAUAAUAAAAUAUCCAAAAAUAUCGAUAUCAUUAAAUUAUAGUAAAAUCAAAUUCAGAAAGUUUCAGGAGUACAAAAUAAAAUUCAUCAUGAGAGUUAAUAAUAAAAUGUAAAUAAUUAAAGUGCCGAGAUCAGAAACUAAAUGCCUAAUAACAAUUAACAAUCAGGAAUUGAUUCAUAAUAACAAUAAUCAAUAAUCUAAAAAAACCAAUCAAAUAUUUAAUAAAUAAAUAAAUUAUCACCAGUAUCCCCAAGAAUAUUUUCAACGUAAAAAUUAAAUCCUCUUAUUGGCAAUGACAAUUAACAAAUAAUCAUGGAUUAUAACUAUGAUAUUCCAAAGAGAGUAUUUGAUCAUUAGAAUUGA